AGCAGCUACGGCCGAGUCAACAUUGAACGAGGCCUAAAGAAGCUGGAAGCCGCCUCCUCAAAGAGAGGGGGCGUGGCCUAUAGGGGAGGCGUGCCCUGUGGGGAGGGGCGUCGCCUCAGCCGCAAGGCGGGGCUCUUAGCAACGGCGGCAGCCCGAGCCCCGCCCUCCUCGCUCCUUCCGCUUCCGUUUUUCAGCGCGGGUUGACGUCAGUGCGCCUGCCGGCCUGCGCGUGACGUCAGAUCCCGGGCGAGGCGGGCGGGGCCGGGCGGAACGGCGGAGCCGCUGAGAAAAUGGCCGUGAACGUGUACUCCACCUCUGUGACGAGUGAUAACCUAAGCCGCCAUGACAUGCUCGCCUGGAUCAACGAGUCGUUACAACUAACUUUAACCAAGAUAGAGCAACUCUGUUCAGGUGCUGCGUAUUGUCAGUUUAUGGACAUGCUAUUCCCAGGUUCCGUCACGCUCAAGAAAGUGAAAUUCCAAGCAAAGCUGGAGCACGAAUACAUCCAGAAUUACAAGGUCCUACAAGCAGGUUUUAAGCGAAUGGGUGUGGACAAAAUAAUACCUGUGGACAAAUUAGUGAAAGGAAAAUUCCAAGACAAUUUCGAAUUUGUUCAGUGGUUCAAGAAAUUCUUUGAUGCCAAUUAUGACGGAAAGGACUACGACCCUGUGGCAGCUCGGCAAGGCCAGGAGACGUGCCCCGUCCCCACUCUGGUGGUCCCAAUGCUGAACAAACCUAAGAAGAACCUCGGCUCCGGUGGCACAGCCCCAACGAGGCCCAUGGUUGCACAGCGGACAACGGUAGCGAAUAAACCUGGGCCUCCCAUGAUCAAAAAGGCUCCUGGGGGAAUCGGAGAGGACGAAUCGGCCGAAUUGAUACAGCAGAUCAAUGCGUUAAAGAUGACCGUGGAAGACUUAGAAAAGGAACGAGAUUUCUACUUCGGGAAACUGAGGAACAUCGAGCUGAUCUGCCAGGAGAACGAAGGCGAAAGUGAUCCGGUCCUCCAGAGAAUCGUGGAAAUCCUUUAUGCUACAGAUGUAAGUAGGUGGGAUCUGGCAGGGGGCGGUCCCUGUUUUGGGCUGGGGGUAUCACUAUUUAUGGGGCCGGCUGUUCCUUCUGCGCACCGUUUUCCCAGGAGGUUCACCUGCACGGAUUGAAUUGCAUUGAAUGGA